UAUUUGGAAUGGGACAGCAGACAGGAGAUAUUUAAGGAGCUGUAGCAAUUUUCCUGGCUUUUAUCCUGUGUAAACAGAAGUCUCAAGAUCCGCUUGGUUGCAUGCGUAACAAGCCAUGAGUUCUGCAUCUCAGCGUGUGGUACUAAAUGAUGGUCACUUCAUUCCUGCACUGGGGUUUGGAACCACUGUGCCUGAUAAGGUUCCUAAGGAUGAACUUAUCAAGGCUAUUAAAAUAGCUAUAGAUACUGGAUUCCGCCAUUUUGACUCAGCUUAUUUGUACCAAAUAGAAGAGGAAGCAGGCCAGGCCAUUAGAAGCAAGAUCGAAGAUGGCACUGUGAAGAGAGAAGAUAUAUUCUAUACUUCAAAGCUCUGGAGCACUUUCCAUCGACCAGAACUGGUCCGAUCUUGCUUGGAAAAGACACUGAAGAAUGCACAACUGGACUAUGUUGAUCUUUAUAUUAUUCAUUUCCCAAUGGCUUUGCAGCCUGGAGAUAACCUAUUUCCCCGAGACGAACAUGGAAAAUUGUUGGCUGAAGCAGUGGAUCUCUGUGACACAUGGGAGGCCAUGGAAAAGUGUAAAGAUGCUGGGCUGGCCAAGUCCAUUGGGGUGUCGAACUUUAACCGCAGGCAGCUGGAGACUAUCCUGAACAAGCCGGGGCUCAAGUACAAGCCCGUGUGCAACCAGGUAGAAUGUCAUCUUUAUUUAAACCAGAGCAAAAUGCUGGACUAUUGUAAGUCAAAAGACAUCAUUGUGGUUUCCUACUGCACACUGGGAAGUUCACGAGACAAAACCUGGGUGGACCAGAAAAGUCCAGUUCUCUUAGAUGAUCCAGUUCUUUGUGCCAUGGCAAAUAAGUACAAGCAAACACCAGCACUGAUUGCCCUUCGUUACCAGUUACAGCGUGGGAUUGUGGUCCUGGCCAGGAGCUUCAAUGAGAAGCGGAUUAGAGAGUUCAUGCAGGUUUUUGAAUUCCAGUUGGCUUCAGAGGACAUGAAAGUCCUGGAUGGCUUGCAUAGAAAUUUAAGAUACAAUACUGCGAGUUAUUUUGAUGACCAUCCCAAUCAUCCAUUUACUGAUGAAUAUUAACAUGGUGGCCUUUGCCAGCAUUUCUAUCAGAAGAGCGGCUUAUGCACUGUGAUAUGAGAGAUAUCUUGGAUACUGGUGACUGAACACAUCCCUUCUCAUCAGAUCACUGUAUCUGUUAAUUCACAGUCAGCUGGAGCAAAAUUCAAAGAGCUAUGAAGGAAGUCAUAUUUUUGUCAUACUCUGAAAUGGAACAUCAAGUUGCUUUUCCUAUUCUUGUGUUUUUAAAGAUUCAUUUAUUUUAUGUAUCUAAGUGUUUUACCUACAUGUAUGUAUAUCUCAUGAAUGUCUGUGUCCAUGCAGGGAAGAAGAGUAUUAUAGGUCAUUUGGAACUGGAGUUACACAUGAUUGUGAAUCACCAUGUGGGGGUACUGGGAGCCAAACCUAAGUCUUCUGUAAGAGCAGCAAGUGCCUUUAUAUGCUGAGCCAUCUUACUAGGUCCACUCUAAAGAUUCUACUAUUUCUGGUAGAAUUAUUUAGUGAUCUUUUUUGCACAAAGAAUAUCUUCAGAGAAAUCAGAGAGGAAAGAUAGUAUGUUUAUAGAAGAUUCAGAAUAAUUUGGAGGUAAAUAUUAUCUAGGAUACAUUUGGAUUUAUAUAUUUCAUUAAUAAGUGCCUCAAAUAAGAACUUUUCAAGACUUUUUCCCUUUAUAUACCCCUGACUGGUGUGACACUUGCUAUGUAGACCAGAAUGUCCUAGUACUCACAGAGACCCACCUAGAAAUCCCUGCCUCUAGAAUGCUCAUUUUUAUUAAAUGGAAUAACAUAUAUAAAUGUUAUAACAGGGAAUAUGGAAUGUCUUGAAAUGUAUUAAAUAACUGAUUAAAAACUAGACCCUUAUAUCAUGAUCACAGACUCAAAGUCAAUGGAGUCAAUAAGUCAGUUCUAAACCAACCAACGUUUCCAAAGUAAUAUCAAACACAUGUUUAGACAUACUCUUUUGUGGAGGUUGAUAAGAUGGUUGGAUAAAAAUUUUACAUAACAUACUGAUAAAUCAAAAUAAAAUUACUCUUAAAUAGA